CGACUUCACAGCAGACCACGGAUUCUCCAGCGGAGUGAAGGAAGAACAUUGGGAAGGAAGAAAAAAAAGCUAGUUAGCUAGAGAGAUAGGUAGCCUUCCUCAGAAGUCAUUUCAGCAUCCAGUUCCAAGUCAACGCCGAGUUCCCCCUCUCCGGUCCAUUGAAGCGAGCAGCAGCCACAUCACAAGGUCAACUGAAAUUGAACAAUGGAUAUCUAUGACCCCCAGACCCUUGGGGUAAUGGUGUUUGGUGGAUUCAUGGUGGUCUCUGCUCUUGGGAUUGCUCUUGUCUCCACCUUCUCCAUGAAGGAGACCUCUUAUGAGGAAGCCCUGGCUAAACAACGCAGAGAGCUGGGUAAGAUACAGUCCACUCGCUCUGACAAAAAGAAGAAGGACAAAGCAACUGAGAAGAAGACCCGUGGAAAGAAAAGAGAGGAAAAGCCCAAUGGAAAAAUCCCACAGUGUGAAGAAAUUCAAGAGGAAGUUGAAGAUGAGACGAUCAUUGAGUCUGCUGCUGCCCCAGUUGUAGCUGCUGCGCCUGCCCCUGAACCUGUCGCUGAUUUAGAUGUUGAGCCAACUGCAGCACCAGUUACCGUCGAGCUAAAGAAUGCCACUCAACCAAGCCCUGCUCUCACUGAGCCCUCACCUGCACCCUCACCAAAAGAGAAAAAGAAGAAGAAGGUGGCUAAAGUCGAGCCAGCCGUUUCCCAUACAGCCCCACUUGUGGCUGCCUCUGCACCUGUCAAGUCAUCCACAGUACCUGCAUCAACCAAGGCCCCCAUGUCCGCCCCGACUAAAGCAACCGCGCCAUCCUCUGAGUCUGCCCCAGUGCCCGCCAAGUCUGCCCCAGUGCCCGCCAAGUCUGCCCCAGUGCCCGCCAAGUCUGCCCCUGCGCCCGCUAAGUCUGCCCCAGUGCCCGCUAAGCCUGCGCCUGCUAUGUCUGCCCCUGCGCCCGCUAAGUCUGCCCCAGCGCCCGCUAAUUCUGCCCCUGCGCCCGCUAAGUCUGCCCCAGCGCCCGCCAAGUCUGCCCCAGCGCCCGCCAAGUCUGCCCCAGCGCCCGCUAAUUCUGCCCCUGCGCCCGCUAAGUCUGCCCCUGCGCCCGCCAAGUCUGCCCCAGCGCCCGCCAAGUCUGCCCCUGCGCCCGCUAAGUCUGCCCCAGCGCCCGCCAAGUCUGCCCCAGCGCCCGCCAAGUCUGCCCCAGCGCCCGCAAAGUCUGCCCCAGCGCCCGCAAAGUCUGCCCCAGCGCCCGCUAAUUCUGCCCCAGCGCCCGCUAAGUCUGCCCCAGCGCCCGCGAAGUCUGCCCCAGCGCCCGCGAAGUCUGCCCCAGCGCCCGCGAAGUCUUCACCUGCUUCAUCCAAGAGUGCCCCAGUGCUGGAAGCGGUCACUAAAGAUGUCCCUGUGAUGGCAGUGCCUCCGGUUGGAUCUCAGCAGACCUCUGCUGUUGCAGCAAAAGUACAGGAGCCCAAGAAGAAGGCCUCUAAGAAAAAGACUGAGCCUGUGACGGUGGUGGAUUCUGCUGAUGCUCCUCUGUACCUGCCCUACAAGGCUCUGGUGUCGACCAUCAGUAGCAUGGUGUUCAGUGAGGUCGAGGCUCAUAGGCUCAUUGAGAUCCUGUCUGAGAAAGUUGGCAUCAUCCAGGACACCUGGCACAAGGCCACUCAGAAAGGAGACCCAGUGGCCAUGCUGAAGAAACAACUGGAGGAGAGGGAGAAGCAGCUGGCGGCAGAGCAAGAGGAUGCUUCUGUGGCAAAGAAUCGCCUCAGGGAACUCACCAAGGAGCUGUCUGCUGAGAAGUCGAAGGUGGCCAGUGUGGAGACGAGGCUGAGUUCCCAGUUGAGUAAGAGGGAGCAAGAAAUGAUUGCUCUGCAAGCACGCAUGCAGGCUAGUUACGAGGACCAUGUGGCGCAGACCCAGGGGUCCAAUGCUAAGAUUGUCAGCCUGCAGGACCAGUUGGAAAAAGGCCCCAAUGCCCAGCUGGCCCGUCUACAGCAGGAGAACUCCAUUCUUCGCGACGCCCUCAACCAAGCCACUAGUCAGGCUGAGAGCAAGCAAAAUGCAGAGCUGGCCAAGCUGCAUCAGGAAUGCACAAAGUUGACCAAGGAACUUGGAGAGAAGACCGAAGGUCUGGUUGCUGAUGAGCACAUCAGGAAAGGGCUGGAAGCCAAGCUGUCGGCUACAGAGAAGCAGCUCUCCCUGCUGCAGGCCAGCCAUGGGGAGAGUGAGCAGGCGUUGCAGAGGAGAAUGGAGGAGGUGUGCGAGGAGCUCAGGGCAACGCAGAGUCAAAACGGCAGUCUGCAAGCCACUUUGGACAAUGCCCAGCAGGACAGCAGCGCACUCUCAGAGUAUCAAGUGCGUAUUGGGAGAUUGGAGGCUGAUAUCAGUGAGCGCUCUGCUCAGGUGGAGGCCCUCACUGCACAGCUAGAGGAGACGCAGACAGAGAAAAGCCAGCUUGUACAGCAGGUGGCCUCCAUCAACUCCCUGCUAGAAGCCAAUCAGACCAAAGUGGAGGAGGAUAAGGACCAGGUGAAUGCAGCAGAAGCGGAAGAGCUAAAGCUCAGUCUGCAAGAGAGAACCAACCAGUUGAACACAUUUCACGAGGAACUGAAGCAACUGCAAUUGAAGCAGGAAGCUGCUGAGAACACUAUUGGGGAGCUAGAGGAAAGAAAUAAAAGUGAGGAUGUCGCUCUUAUCACAUCGCUUCAGGAUGAACUUAAAAACCUCAAGGAAGAGGUGGAGCAACUUAACAACACAGCCCAUACCGUUGCCUCCACAGAGCUUGAACUGCUACAGAAAAGCCUGACUGAGAAGGAUGUCCUUGUCUCAUCACUACAAGAGGAGCUCAGAGAAGAGAGAGAAAAGAUGGCCACCGAUGCAAGUGUUACGGCAGAACUGAGCGCUCUUCAAAGUGAAACCAAAGAAACUCUCCAGACACUAUUCCCACAGAUACCCGUAGAGAUGGAGCAGUCCAACUGGUUACAAGUAUUUACACAGAAGGCUCAGGAAACUCUCAGCCAGCAGAGCCAGGAAUCCAGCACAGUGUUGCCUGAGUUGCUCGGGAAAUUGAAGGAGGCCGAGGACAGCCAUGGCUCACUGCAGGCUGAAUGUGAACAGUACCGGAUAGUCCUGGCUGAAACGGAAGGAAUGCUAAAGCAUCUGCAGAAUAGUGUGGAGGAAGAAGAGGUGGUAUGGAAGUCCAAGAUGGCUAAUUCUGAGGAACAGCUGAGUGUGGCGUUGGAGAAGGUCAGCAAGCUGGAGGCAGAACACCAAAGUGUAGAACAGUUGAAGGAGCAGAUGAUGCUUCUGGAAGCCCAGCUGGAGAAGCAGUCAGACAACCAGGAGACCUCAGAGGAGGUUGAGCAGGAACAUGCGCAGGUGAAGCUGCAGCUUUUGGAGUGUCAGAGCCAGCUGGAUUUGGCCCAAAAGGAGGCCCAGGCACACAAGGAGGAGCUUACACAGGUCAGAGAGCAGCUGGGCGGGAUCACGAUGCAGGAUCAGCGAGAACAGAAUGGCCCAGCUGAGGCUCAACCCAGUCAGUUCCAGAACGAGUCGAGUCAGACAACUGAGAAGCUGCACGGGGAGGUGGCUCAGAGACAGCAGCUUUCAGAAGAGUUUGAGCAGGCCCAGAAGACUAUAACAGAACUUCAGGCUCAGUUGGAUCUUCUAAACGUUUCUGCGGAGUCACCACAAGCUGACACAGAAGAUGUUCCACAGCUCCAGGAGCGCCUGGAGAAGGAGAAGAAGCUGUCCAAAGAUCUGGGCCAGGCGGCCACCAAGCUGCAGCAGCUGCUCAAAGCCACCCAGGAGCAGCUGACCAAAGAGAGAGACACGGUGAGAACACUUCAGGAGCACCUGGAAGGAAAGGAGGAAUCCGUGGAGCUGAAGGAAGGAACAUCCGUCUGAGAGGAAGUUCACUGAAGACACUACAAAAGAAAACUGCCAAAUAUGCCUUACGAUUACCAUAGUUAUGCAUUCCAAAAACUAUUUCUUUCUUGUACUGUAGUUGAUUGCAUUUGUUGCAACUAUAGGAAUCAAAUGUUUGAUAUUAUGAACUUUUUAUUUAGGCAAGACUAGAAGAGGUGAUCCUACUACAAUCUUUAUUGAAACCCACAUUCCAUCAACAAUUCUGGCUAUGUCAGAAGUUAUUUAUCCCCCUGCCUUAUAUUCCAGACAUUUAUCCAUAGCUCAGUGUUAAAAAAAAGGGAAACUGAUUGUACGUCAAACGUACAUCAACCUGUGCAAUUACUUUGUAUGUCUUUUCUAUGUGAUUGAAUGAUGGGAACAUUUUAUGGUUAAAUGUUUCAUUCCCUUUCGGGCCUGCUUUCCUCUGUAGCUGGCUGCCAAUUACACACUUUGAAUCUGUAUGAAUGAAUAAACUACAGUGUAGCUCUGUCA